AUGCUCACCACCUCCAAAACCGUUCCCGCCUUGCCCCACGUCGAUGACAUCAAAGUCCCUAAGGCCAUUCGUUCCGCCUCUUCCCCCUCUCGAAGCUUUCCCACCGUCCAGCAUGCUCGCGCUACCAGCCUAGACCUCGAUGCUGGCCCGAGCUCCGGAACACACAGCCUCUCCAAUUCGUCUUCCGUCUCGCAACUCUACCCUCGCUCCUCCAUCCUCAUCAACUCGCGCAAACGUCCUUACUCGGGCGUCAUCUACGCAGAUCCUGCCGUCGUUGCAGGAUCUUCUUCCGCAGCAGCUCCCGUCGUCACUCACAUCCCAGCCGUCCCAUCCCGCAAGGAGAGGGAAAAGGAACGCGAACGCAUUCGAGAGCGUGAAAAGGAACGAGAGCGUGAACGCGAAAAGGCAAAGGGCAAAGAUGACGAAAAGAUCUGGGGCAUCCCCAAGAAGGCGCUUCUCCUCGGUCUCGGUGAUCUCAACUUCAACGCGCAGAUGGCCAUGAUGGCCGGUUGGGGUCACGGCAGCGGCGGUGCCUCCGUUCUACCCAGCACAGCGAUACCUGCCAACGACCGCAAACGAGCACGUCUUCCAUCUACCAACGAUCCGCCCAAAUCAUCUGCACCUUCUCGUCGUUCCGCUCGAGACAGCGAUAGCGACGACGACGAUGACGCCACUAGCAAGGGCAACGGAUCGUCAAGACGCGGUUCUCGAUCUAUCGACACAGCGCAGGAGGCCUCUGCCAAAAAGGCAUCUACAUUGGCCGAGGGCGGACUCAGCUCCUCACCCACCGAAGCUCCGAUGGAUCCCGAAGAGCUUGCUGCGCUCAAUGCCAUCAUCAACACUCGUCGCAGUAUGGCCGCUGCUCAGGCCCUUGUUAGCGGCUCGAUCAGCGUCACACCGCGUACUCGCCGCGCAUCCGCAAGCUUUGGCAGCUCAGCACAGGACGUUCCACGACCACCGCUCGAGGAAAAACGCUUCCAGUCGCAAGACUCGGUGCCCAGCAUGAGUUCCAUCGACCAUUCUACCACCAGCAUCGGCAGCAGCACCGUGCCCAUGUCGCCCUCCGAAAAGCUAUCGCAGCCUCCCACCAUUGACCUCAAUUCGACUUCGACUACACUCGAUGACAUCAAGUCGCCCCGCAUCCGCUUCGCGCCUCUGCCUACUCCGACAUCGACUUCAGCUUUGCUCGGCGGAGCGACGGACUCGCUCAACGGUUCAGCAUUGAUCGAGGAUUCCGAAGAGUCGGACACCUCGGACUCGUCCUACGACAGCGACGACGAGGCCAAGUCGAUGAAGGGCAAGUGGUACCUCAUGGGCAUGCCCUCGGCCUAUUUCAAGCCAGAAUACUAUACACGCAAGAGCAGCAAGCGGAGGCAUGCCGGCAAGGCCGGCAGCAUAGGUGACGCCGACGACAAGUCCGAAGACGGUCAUAGCCUUCGGCGCAAGAGCACCGGCAGUCUCUCGGACGGCAUGAGCACAGAUGGCGCGCGCAGACCCGCCCCCGAGAACGACGAAGAGGAGCGCGGCAGAACAGGAUCGUCGGCAUCCAAGUCCAAACGCAAGUCGUCUCACACUCGCCGCCGCUCUCGAAGCCGUACAGGCGCCAUCAGCUCGGGCGACGAAGACGAACGCGCCCGUCGAAGGGAGCUCAUCCGACUCGCUCGUCCUGGAGGCACGGGCAUGGUCACCCUUCCCGAUGGCACCAAGAUCAAAGCCCGCCGCGUCAAUGAUCAGCCCAAACAGGAGGAGCCCGAGUUCAGCGAGUGGGGCUUUGCCGGUCUCGCCCGCGAGGCGUCGCGCCGCAGCCUGGGUGGAAGCGGUCCGCCCUCGCUCGCAACCACACCCAACAGCUCCGACUACAAAGGUCUUUCUGCCUACAUGGAGGCGGACGAGGACGAGGAGGACGAUGGCUCAGGGAUGGCGUGGGUUCGUCGCCGUCGGCGAGAAAGGGAGCUCAAGGCACGACUCGAACGUGAGGCGGCUGAGCAGGCAGCUGUUGCAGCGGCAGAGGAAGCGUCGCUCGAGCAGCAGAAGAAGGUCGACCCGGUCAGCGAGCCAGCAACACUGGACUCGGCCGUCGAGGGUCCUCCUAAUGGCAUCGGCUCGGCCUGUUCCAGCGCAGCAGCCGUGGAAAAGGUCUCGACCACCGCCGCCACCAGCGAGGUGGCUGCUGACGUCCCGACAGUCCCGACAGCUCCUCUUGCUACUGUUGAGGACGAGCCGAUGCCUCUGACAACAGACACGCUCGUCGAGUCCGCAACUGCCACGUCAGCCGUUCCAGCCGCCGAGAAGGUGAAACGACAAUCGCUGCUAAGCAGCAUCGACACCUCGCGUCCUGUCAGCAGCACGUUUGAAGACGGGGGUGCGCUAGUCGCCUCUCCCACCGCCGAAACGCCUGUCGCAGCUCUUGACGCCUCGAUGCUGUCCGAGGCCUCCAACGGGGACUCUGCUAUGGCCGGUAGCCAGAUGUUGAGCAGCAGAGCCGCUCGCGCAGUCGCAUCCGAGACCAGCGCACCCGGUGAUGCCACGCCUCGUCAAAACACCGGGCUCGGUCUCAGUGCUCAAAAGGCCGAAGAGAUCCGACGAAGGCACGAGGAUGAGGUCGCAGCGCUCGGUGCUGAGGUCCUAGCUCAGACACGACGCAACAACCAACGUCGUCAGGCGAGCGUCUCUGGCCGUGGCGUCGCCUCGCCGCCCAUGGGCGAGGAAUCGGGCGGAGAGCAGACCGUGACCUCGCCGGGCAAGAACACCAACCGCAACGGCCAGAGCACGACUGCUGCGCCUCCCACAAUGACCAACUCGUCCGCGCUCGGCAGGUCGGCUUCGCGCGAGCCUGCAGCUGAGAAGGAGAAGAAACUCAUCUCACGUGCUGUGGGCUCCAUCAUGCGAAAGGCGACGACCGACAGCGAGAAGACGAUCCGUCAUCCUGGCCCCACUACGCUCAAGCAAGAGAUCGUCUUCCCCGAGAUGGCAGACGUCAAGCAGCACAACGAGAGUGCUCCACGAGUUACUGCCGCUGUCGACAUCAACAAGGCUUCGGCGACCGACCCAGCAGCUCGCAGUCCAUCGCCCGAAAGCACGCUCUCGCGCAUGUCCUCGAUGGUCGGCGGCUACGCGGCAUCCACGGCCAGCAAGUCGACCUCUUCCUUGCAAAACGACGGCCGUAGCUCGCUCGGUCCGUCGCCCGUAGCUACCAAGCGUCUCGCUCCCAACGCUUCGAUCAGCACGCCAGUACCGUCGCCUUGGCUGCCGCGACGACCCGACGCUCGUGGUGUUGCGGUGGUGCCACUGCCUCAGCUCGGUGUUCGCCCCGAACGACCGCGGGAAGGCCGAGUGUGGGAGUCGGACGACAGCGAUGCCUCGGAGGAGACCAAGGACGAACUCAAGCGCAAAGCUGCAGCCGAAGACGAGGAAGAAGAAGACGAAGGCUCGGAUCUGGAUGCGGACGAGCUUCUGGAGGAAGAGCGCAAGACGGCGAUGCAGAAGAAGCGAGCCACGACGCGGGCAGCUGGGCAGGAGAUUGUCCACGCGCGACUGGGCCAGAAGGCAUCCGCACGAGCGUUGUCCGAUCUGACGGCCUCGUACGACGAUAUGGCGCUCGUCACGUCUUCCAAGCCGUCUCGUCAACGCAAUGGUCGCCCGACACGCCGCAGCAGCAUGGAUCCUCGCAUGUCGUCGACGAGCUCACGAUCGCCCGCUGCGCCUCGUAAAGCGCCCCCCAAGCUGGUACGAAGCCGUCGCUCAGCGCAGUCGAUGAAGUCGGCCGAGGACGAUGGCCAAAACGAGGAGGACGAGCGAGACUUGUGGCCCGCAGCAUCGGCGACGAGCAAGUCGGGCACGCCGCGACCCCGUCAUAUCCUGGUCAACCUGCCUGGAGGACCGGGCAUCUGGGACAGCAAGACGGGAGGCGGACGCAAUGCCGUAGCGGCGAUCAACACGGUGGCCGCCGCGCGAGCCAAAGCGAUCAAGAAGGCAGCUCAGGAUCGCAGGACGUCAUUUGAGCUGCCGCCUGGCUGGGACGACGAGAUGAUGGACUACGGUUGGCCUCGCAGUCUCAAGGGCUCGCUGUAUUGA